CGCGACUUUUAGGUUAGAUUUCCCUCCGCGCCGCCCGCAGUGCCCCGAAACGACUCGCCUCUUACGAUCUCACGUUCCGAGGUAUGACGCGCUGUUCCCGGCGACCGGAGUGACCUCUCACCCGGAUUGUGAUAUCUCGCGGUGUGACAGUGCGACGGACCUGGUCCUUCCUCUAGUGCAGUGAGCACGCGGCUUGACGCGGUUUGAGGUUAGGGGCCCCUGCCGCGGCAGGGACCGCCAAGGAGGACUACUUCCAGAUCACCGCAGGAGAGACGCGAGUCUCAACCACGGCACCAAAAUUGACCUGGACUUGCACCAACGCGCCGCCGGCCACUUUAUGAGAGCCGGCGGCAACAUGUGCGACGGCGCCUUCACGGAGACGCUGCGCGGCAUGCAGGGUAUGUCGGGGGCGUCGCCGCCUGGCGGCGCCGGCGUCGGCCCCAUGGGCGUCGGCCUGGGCAGCCCUCUGGGGGCCGCCAAGAAGAUGCAGGUGGACCACAUCAAGCGGCCCAUGAACGCCUUCAUGGUGUGGUCGCGACUGCAGCGCCGGAAAAUCGCCCACGAGAACCCCAAGAUGCACAACAGCGAGAUCUCAAAGAGGCUCGGUGCCGAGUGGAAACUCCUUACCGAGGACGAGAAGCGUCCCUUCAUCGACGAGGCAAAGAGAUUACGAGCCAUGCAUAUGAAGGAACAUCCGGAUUACAAGUACAGGCCUAGAAGAAAGCCGAAGACGCUCCGGAAGGAGGGAUACCCGUACAGCAUCCCGUACCCCAGCGUCCCCAUGGACGCCCUUCGAGCCGGCAUGGCUGGAGGGAUGGGACAGGCAGGGAUGGGGUCAUACUAUGGACCUGCAGCAGCUUAUGGGUCUCUGUCGGCAGCCAGCAUGGCUGCAGCUGCAGCUGCAGCAGCGCAGCAAUCCGCAGCAGCGAUGUCAGCCGGACUAGGAGCUCCUGCACAGGUCGUCAGCUCGAUGGACGCGAUGAAGUACUCGAUGGAGGCGGACAAGUACCGGGCAGCGUACAUGCCGCCGAGCACCCUGGCCAUGAGCAUGUACUCGGAUCCCAAGUACUUAGACUCGAGUCCCAAGUCCUACCUGGACCGCAGUUACCUGGAUUCCGCAAAGGCGUACUUCGAGCAGUCGAAGCUGUACAUGGACCAGAAACCGUCGAUAUCGGCGGACUAUGGGAGACCAAGCUACGAGCCGAACAAGUUGUACGAAGAGUCCAGUCCGGGUGGAGGUGGAGGCGCCCCGACGAGGUCACCGGCUGCGGAGUCACCAGACGCCAGCAAGCAGGCCGAAAGAACGGAACAAGGCUCCUCCAGCGCUAGCUCGACCUCCACCUCGUCGGCAGCGAGUCCUGGAGUGUCCUUGCCGACGUAUUACCCAGGACCUGUGCAGGCCAGCGGGCUCCUGGCCCCGCAGAUGGGCCAGUACCCUGGCUACCAGACUGCCCCUGCCCCAGGAAACGAGUUUCGACGACCCCUCACCGUCAUCUUCUGACCCGACAGAGCCUAGCUCUGAGCCAUCCUCGAGGAGUAUCGUUCGGCCUGAUUGCUCCACGUGGGACCAGGUCGGAGUGGCUCGCUCGUGGACAGGUGAGGGCUCGAUGGUCUCCUCGCACCCUGGUGGGAUCGGCGGUGGCUAAGAGAUCGGCUUCUCUUUCUCCCGAGAAGAGAUGCCAUCGGGAUGGGCUGAAGAGUCGGAAGACCCCGUCAGCACCUGGAAGCCUUUCCUUGGAAUUGGAUAAACGGAUACCAGGAUCCUGGGACACCAGGUCCAGGUCCUGCCUCCUCGCCAGUACCUUUCGUUCCGAUCCUCUCAUCCUAACGCUACGUCCGAUAUUCAUCUCCAGAGAGCUCGCCAGUGAGAUAUUCCAGGUUGAUUUCAAAGGAUGCCAGGGGUGCGACGAAUCAAUAGGUACGGAACUGUUUUUACAUUUGUCCUUCCGUUCCAGCAGGAUUUUAUUUUUAUUUUUACUUUCAACCUGUACGUCAAAGAGAUCCUACGUCCUGUUCGCGUCCCACGUUGCGGUCGUCGAAUCCUUCCAUUGGACCAUUGACACCCAGCUGCAGACAUCCGGUCAUCUGUCUGAAAGGACCUUAUAUAUGUUUCCUUGACAAACUCACCCGCAGUUUGUAAUUGUCAAUCACCAAUUUUUUUUUUUUUACUUUAUUUUCUAAUUUGAUUCCCUACUUUGGAUAAUGUCCUAGGAGGUCCUUAUCGGACACAUUGCGAGAUCUCUGCAACUCUGGUGUAUAAAAUGGGUCUCUGGUCGGGGACAAACCGGGAUCAUUUUUUUAUGGGACACUAUGUGUGCCGAAGUAUUUAUUUCACAGGCCAGUACUUACUUAGCGGCUCGGAAAGGGUUAUAAAAAAAAAAAAUGUACAUACUCUUCGUGUAAAUAGCAUAGUCGAAGGACCAGGACGCGUCGUAGAAGAUGUCGAACCUCGAGAUCGUCGAGGUGGAUGGCGACUUUUUUUGUUAUCGCGGACGCGCGUAUAUAUGUAUACAUAUACAUAGUCUUGCUCGGUGUAAAUAGAUCUUACGUAUACAUAUUACAGUUAGCUCUCGUUAUGCAUACCGUCGUUGUAAAAGGAUCUCCCUGUCGAUGAGGUGAAGUCGAUCGGCGCGGCGCAGUACAGGAGUGCAAUAAGGACACUUUUCCGCCCGGGCGGAAAUUUGAGGAAAUCUGACCAUCCCAUGUAACAACGAACAUUGAUCAUUUAUUGCCGUAAUGGUCCGACAUUACCUCGGGAUGAAAAUGCCAUUGAACCGAAGAAAAAUGUUUCUUUCUCGUUCCUCGCAACCCGCUGACGUUUUGGAAGGCUCGUUUUUAUCAUCUUAUCAAUCGACCUGAACUCUUAAUUUCUUCUAUUUAAUUUCCACUUUCAAAUGGAACAUCCCAGGAUCGGUAAUUUGCGGACUUUUAUUU